UAUAGUAUGUGCAUUAAUGGAACUCUCUGAAUACUGAAUAAUACUUCUCACUUUCUCUCUAGCAAUCUUCUUAUAGCUACACUUGUUCACCUGUUCAUUCUCAAUCUUCAGGCUUUGUUGUGAAAACUCACGCUCUGUCAAAUUUCGAUUUCAACUCUCCUCCAUACUACUCCAAUACAGAACAAUCGGAGCUCCGUGCUUCGGAUAUUUGGAGCUCCGACAUGUCCGCUUCUUCCAAUGGCGGGAAAUAUUAUUGCGAUCGGUCUGUUUCUAAUGCUGCCAUGAAAGUGCAGAAAGUUUAUAGGAGUUAUCGUACGCGGCGCAUGUUAGCGGACUCUGCUGUGGUAGCUGAAGUGCUCUGGUGGCAAGCCAUAGAUUAUGCUCGAUUGAAUCACAGUACAAUUUCUUUCUUCAAUUUCUUGAAACCAGAAACGGCCUCUUCCCGGUGGAAUCGCAUAUGCUUAAAUGCUUCCAAGGUGGGUAAAGGUCUAUCCAAAGAUGCCAAAGCUCAAAAAUUGGCAUUUCAACACUGGAUUGAAGCAAUUGACCCACGCCAUCGUUAUGGGCAUAACUUGCAUAUUUAUUAUGAAGAAUGGUGUAAAACUGAUUCUGGUCAGCCCUUCUUCUUUUGGUUGGAUCUUGGAGAUGGCAAAAAGGUUGAUCUCAACGAAUGUUCAAGAUCUAAGCUUCAGAAGCAAAGUAUCAAGUACCUAGGACCUCAAGAGAGAGAACAUUAUGAAUAUAUCGUUGCUGAAGGGAGAAUUGUGCAUGCAAAAACUGGAAAUCUUCUUGAUACUACUAAAGGGUUGCCAAGGGCAAAGUGGAUUUUUGUGAUGAGCACGUCAAAAAGACUCUAUGCUGGUGAAAAAAAGAAAGGAAUGUUUCAUCAUUCCAGCUUUCUUGCUGGUGGGGCUACUUCAGCUGCUGGAAGACUAGUGGUAGAGGAUGGAAGAGUCAUCUCUAUUUCAGCAUAUAGUGGACAUUAUCGGCCAACGGAAGAUAGACUUGACAGCUUUUUAUCAUUUCUCAAUGAAAAUGGGGUCAACCUGGAUGAAGUCGAGAUUGGAAAGGCAAAUGAAGCCUAUGAAAGCUAUGAUGAUGGGAUGUCUAUUGAGAGUGGCUCUGCAUCUGAAUUUUCAGCUCUAUCAAAUUCUCCUUCUCAAGCUGAUUUUCUAAAGGAAGGGGAAGAAAGCCUUCUCUUGGUAUCAGAUGGAAAUCUGGUAGCUCAAACAAGUAGGUAUAACCGAUCGCUCUCGGGUGGUCUUCAUAUCCCAAUAGCAGAUGUGCCAAAGACUGCAAUACUGCGAAGGAUCCAUUCCGAGAAGUCCACAAAGUCGUAUCAACUGGGGCAUCAACUUUCCAUGGCGUGGUCAACAGGUGCUGGACCAAGAAUUGGCUGUGUUGCUGACUUCCCUGCUGAGCUAAGAUGGCAGGCCUUGGAACUGACUAACCUCUCACCUAGACCUUGUUCUGUAUGAUCAACUCCCAGGGCAAUUCGUAUGUACUCUUGUUUAACUUGCAGCUUAUAUCUCUCUACUUCUUGGCAAUAGCAUCAUAACUCCUCUUGAACCUCGCUUCCUGCUAAAAGUAUUCUGUAGCCGUGUGUAGCAAGUGUAAAUGCCUUGUUCUUCUGCUUAUUCUCUCAGCCAAAAUCAAACAAAUAUGCGACUGUUAAUAAUGUGA